AUGGCACCUCUCAGCAGCAGAGAUAUCGCAGCAAGGGAACCACCCGUAACGUGGAUGUCCCUCCCCAACAAACCGCAACUUCUCAUCCUCGCCCUCUGCCGUCUCUCCGAACCUCUGUCGAACACCUGCCUCCUCCCGUACCUCUACUACCUCAUACGAUCGCUCCAGACGGGUGAUGCGACCAGUCCAGCCUCGAUAUCACGACAAGCUGGGUUGUUAGUUUCGCUCUUCGCACUCGCACAGUUUGCGACUUCGGUGCCCUGGGCAAGCUUCGCGAACCACUAUGGCAGGAAGCCAACGAUAAUGGUUGGAUUGGUGCUGUCGAUUGUGUCGAAUGUAGGGUUCGCGUUCUCGACAACGAUUCCCGCGGUGAUGUGUUGGCGGGUGCUAGCGGGUAUCGGGAAUGGGAACAUUGGUGUGAUGCGGACAAUGACCGCUGAGAUUGUGCUGGAGAGGAAGUACCAGAGCCGAGCAUUCUUGCUCCUGCCGUUAGUUUUCAACUCGGGAGUGGUGAUCGGGCUGGCCCUGGGGGGGUGUUUAGCAGAUCCGAUUGUCAAUAUCCCUUGGUUCUUUGGGCCAUCUGGAGUAUUGAACUUGUCGAACGAUCCGCAAGGGGUUGCCUGGAUGCGAGCUUAUCCAUUUGCGCUGCCAACAAUUUCCAAUGCAGCAGCUUUGGGAGGAAGUUUGUUUCUCGCAGUCUUUGGUUUGAAGGAGACGAUGCCGGGCCUAGAGCACAAGCAAGACCGCGGAAUUGUUGCAGGAGCUGCGAUGAGAAGACUCUUCCGUCGAGUAAUCCUCCGAAAGCACUUCUCUGGAUAUCUAGCCCUGGACGAUGAAGACCAGAUUGACCCCGAGGACAUGCCCUCGCCGCUGCGUAAGGCCUCCCCACCCCAAGCCCCCCCCAUCGAAGUGAAAGCUCUUCCAUCACCUCGACCAAGACUCUCCAUGACAGACCCGGCUAUUUGGACCCGAGAAGUUCUCUUCACCAUCAUUUCCUUUGGUCUGCUCCCUCUUCACAACUCAGCAUUCAUGCAAGUCUUCCCGGUCUUUCUGUCCACCCCACCCUCAGAGGUACCCGCCACAUCGGCCCUCAAGUUCAACGGUGGUCUCGGUCUGCCAUCACCCACCAUCGGUCUCUUCCUUUCCGCAUUUGGUGUCUUCGGAAUCCUGAUCCAGCUCUGCAUCUACCCCUCGUUGCAAGCCUGGCUCGGAACCCUUCGCAGCUACCGAGUCGCGCUAGCGAUGUUCCCCUUCGCCUAUCUCCUUGCGCCUUAUUUGUGUUUGAUUCCCAACUCGCACUACGUAUUCCAAGGAGGCAGCAUCGCCUUCAUCCUCUUCCUGCAAGUGACCGCCCGCACGUUCGGCAUACCCAGCAGCGUGAUCCUGCUCACGAAUUCGGCGCCAUCGCCCCUUGCUCUCGGCGCCGUGCAUGGCGUGGGCAACAUGCUCAGCAGUCUCAGUCGCGCGCUGGGCCCAGCAUUGGGAGGAGUGAUCUUUGGCUGGGGUAUGGAACAAGGCGUGGUCGGUGUCGUCUGGUGGAGCUACCUGCUCGUUAUAUCCGCGGCGGGUCUGGCUUGGAGUUGGAUGCUACAGGAGGGUGAGAGGCCGACGAUGAGGCCCGUGAUGAAGGGAGAGUGUAUCGAGUUGGCGAGUGGUAGCGAAUUAAAUGAGAAGGGUGGGAGUGCUAGGGAAAGGGGUCUUGGGAGUAAGAGCUGA